AUGAAGUUCUCACAAUCUAAUAUGGUUCUUAUUGUGUUGUCAAUGUUCUUCUUGAUCCUUGCAAGCUUGGAUUUUACAGUUGCAAGUGUUGGAGUUUGUUACGGAAUGUUAGGUAAUAAUUUACCAACAAAACAAGAUGUCGUUGCCUUAUACCAGAAGAACGGUAUCACAAGAAUGAGAAUUUAUGAUGCAAACCUAGAAGCUCUCGAAGCUCUACGUGGAUCUAAUAUUGAGGUUUCGGUUGGUGUACCAAAUGAAAUUCUUCAAAAGCUUGCUUCAAACCAAGUUGAAGCCAAUGCUUGGGUCCAAAAGAAUAUCAAAAACUACGCCAACGUUAGGUUUAGAUACAUCGUGGUUGCCAACGAAUUUCGAUCGCAAUUCCUUCUUGGAGCCAUGCAAAACUUGCUUAAGGCGGUUUCCACUUUUGGGCUAAGAAACAAAGUUAAGGUCACAACCGCCAUCGACACGACUCUCCUUGGCGUGUCCAAUCUACCUUCCCAAGGCAUGUUUAGGGCCGACGCGAGCGGAUUUAUCGCUCCCAUUGCUAAGUUCCUUGUUGCUAAUGGCUCUCCCUUGCUUGUCAAUAUGUAUCCUUAUAAAGCCUACGUUGAUUCCAAAGGAAAGUUUUUGCUCGAUUACGCGCUCUUCAAAUCACCCGGAGUUGUCGUUAAGGACGGUGCUCUAGGGUACCAAAACUUGUUUGAUGCCAUGAUAGACACUUUUCAUUCGGCGUUAGAGAAGGUUGGGGCUGGAUCUUUGGAUAUCGUCGUGUCGGGGACUGGGUGGCCUACAAGCGGAGGGAAUGCAACUAGUCUCGAGAAUCAAAAGAGUUAUGUCCUUAACCUUAUCGAUCAUGUGAAGGGUACUCGAGGAACACCAAAGAGGCCGGGAAAGUUCAUAGAGACUUAUAUUUUUGCUAUGUUUGAUGAGAAUCAGAAAACUCCUGUUUCUGAGAAGUUUUGGGGUCUCUUUACUCCAAACAAACAAAUUAAGUACCCUAUUAAGUUUGUCUAAGAAAACUCUAAUUAUAUGAUGACAAGUUUUUAAUGAAGAGGAGAAUUGAUUAUCUUAUAUUUA